AUGGCCGCCGUCGCCACCGCCGCGCCUACCGCAGAGCCCGCUGCUGCUCCCGAACCCGCGUUCUCCUCGUGGGGCAAGAAGUACAAGCCCGGUAUGUGGAACGGUUGGGGUGACGCACCUGGCCAGGUCUACCGCCGUGAGGCCGAUCCAGCAUUCAGCUCCUGGGGCAAGAAGUACAAGCCCGGCAUGUGGAACGGCUGGGGCGAUGCUCCUGGUCAAGUCUACCGUCGUGAGGCAGAAGCUGAUCCUGCUUUCUCUUCGUGGGGUAAGAAGUACCACCCUGGUAUCUGGAACGGAUGGGGUGAUGCUCCCGGACAGGUCUACCGCCGUGAGGCCGAGGCCGACCCUGCUUUCUCAUCUUGGGGAAAGAAGUACCACCCUGGUAUCUGGAACGGCUGGGGUGACGCUCCUGGUCAAGUCUACCGCCGCGAGGCAGAGGCUGACCCUGCCUUCUCUUCGUGGGGCAAAAAAUACCACCCUGGUAUCUGGAACGGAUGGGGUGAUGCUCCCGGACAGGUCUACCGCCGUGAGGCCGAGGCCGACCCUGCUUUCUCCUCCUGGGGUAAGAAGUACCACCCUGGCAUCUGGAACGGCUGGGGUGACGCCCCUGGCCAGGUCUACCGCCGCGAGCCCGAGGCCACUACCACCGAGGCCGUCGUUGAGCCCACCGAGACCGAGACUGCUGAAGUCAAGGCCUAA